AAAAAAAUUGAACCCCGAUGUAUCAAUGGUUUACAUACAACCGGCCCUAAUCCAAGAAAUGAGUUAAUUUGUUUGGCACUUAGGUUUCCAUCUCAAACAUUCCUCAAAACAAAAACAAUUGCAAACUCCUCACAUAACAACAUUGCUGAUUAUUUACCUUGUCGACGUGUUUUGUUAUUGUCUCUUUUCACGUUAUUCCAAAUCUGAUUUUUUCAAAACAGAGUACUAUGUUUCUCUGAUUAUUAUUAUCAAUAGAUUCAAAUCACAGAAACCCAUUUGAAUUUCAGAGAUAACAAACUCAUCAAAAUCGUUUUUUUCUUUUAAAUUUUUGAUCUUUUUCUCUCUAGCCAAACACCAUUGUUAAAAAAGAGGUGUGUGGCAAAUGGGGGCUUAUAGAGCUGAUGAUGAUUAUGAUUAUCUGUUCAAGGUUGUUCUGAUUGGUGAUUCUGGUGUUGGAAAAUCCAACCUUUUGUCAAGAUUCACCAAAAAUGAAUUUAGCCUUGAAUCUAAAUCCACCAUUGGUGUUGAGUUUGCAACAAGAAGCAUUAAGGUUGAUGAUAAGGUUGUUAAGGCUCAGAUUUGGGAUACUGCUGGCCAGGAAAGGUACCGAGCAAUUACAAGUGCAUAUUAUAGAGGAGCUGUUGGCGCUUUACUAGUUUAUGAUGUUACACGCCAUGUUACAUUUGAAAAUGUGGCGAGAUGGUUGAAGGAACUGAGAGACCACACAGAUGCCCACAUUGUGGUGAUGCUUGUUGGGAACAAAGCAGACUUGCGUCAUUUGCGAGCGGUUUCAACUGAAGAUGCAACGAGUUUCGCCGAAGGAGAGAACACAUUUUUCAUGGAAACAUCUGCCCUCGAGUCCUUGAAUGUCGAAAGUGCCUUCACCGAAGUGCUGACACAGAUCUACCGUGUUGUGAGCAAGAAAGCCCUUGAGAUUGGUGACGAUCCAGCAGCACUACCUAAAGGACAGACAAUUGAUGUUGGAUCUCGGGAUGACGUAUCGGCUGUGAAGAAAUCUGGAUGUUGCUCUGCUUGAGCUUACAGUAAAAGUUUCUGUGUUUUUACUGUAACCUAUGCCAUGUUUAUAUCUUCAUAGAGAUCAACCUUACAGCAUGAAAAUGAUUGUCUAGACUCUAGAGAGUAGAGAGCCUCACUUCUAACUUGUGGCAUUGGUUUAGCAAAAUCUGUUCAAUAUUAGUUAGAUGUUUAGGAUACAUGCACUUUCAUUUUGAUUGGUUCAUUUUUCUGUUGAAGAUAUUCAUUUAUCUAAUUUCAGGUUUAUUGAAUA